GAUGGCAGGGGAAGAGCCGACACUCACAGAGGAAUGAGAACUUGUUGGGGAUGGCGGACAAACCUCUAACACUGUUCGUGAAGCUGUUUGCCGCUGGGUUUUACGGACUGAGCUCGUUUCUCAUCGUCGUGGUGAACAAAAGUGUCCUCACGAACUACAGGUUCCCUUCUUCAAUAUGUGUCGGGAUCGGACAAAUGUUGGCCACAGUGGUUGUGCUGUGGGUGGGCAAGGCUGCGAGGGUGAUCAGCUUCCCAGACUGUGAUGAGAGCAUACCUCGCAAGACGUUUCCUCUACCUCUCCUUUAUGUGGGAAAUCAAAUCACUGGUCUGUUUGGAACCAAAAGGCUCAAUUUGCCGAUGUUUACUGUCCUCAGGAGGUUCUCCAUCUUAUUCACAAUGCUGGCUGAGGGACUUCUGCUCAAGAAGAAAUUCUCCAGGGCAGUCCAGCUGACAGUAUUUACAAUGAUCCUCGGGGCGUUUAUAGCCGCGAGUGCCGACUUGUCCUUUGACCUGCAAGGCUACGUGUUCAUUCUGCUGAACGACGUGCUGACUGCAGCCAACGGAGCCUAUGUGAAACAAAAAUUAGAUGCAAAGGAGUUGGGGAAAUAUGGAUUGUUGUAUUAUAACGCAUUAUUUAUGAUCAUUCCCACUCUACUGUUGGCGCAUGUGACUGGAGACAUGCAGAAGGCAGUGGAGUAUGAUGGCUGGUCAGAUGUGUUUUUCCUCACCCAGUUCAUCCUCUCUUGCAUCAUGGGGUUUGUUCUGAUGUACUCCACUGUGCUGUGUACACAAUACAACUCUGCAUUAACAACUACGAUUGUGGGCUGCAUAAAGAAUGUCCUGGUGACAUACAUUGGCAUGGUGUUCAGUGGAGACUACAUUUUCUCUUGGACCAACUUCAUAGGUUUGAAUAUCAGUAUUGCAGGCAGCCUGGUGUACUCCUACAUCACCCUCACAGAGGAGCAGUCCAACAAAGCAAGCGAAGGCGCCAAGCUGGACAUCAAGGGCAAGGUGGUUGUAUGACAGAGACACUGGAUUUUAUCAUUUUUAUACUGAUGAACGGGAAAACUCUAUUUUUAGUACGACUUUUAUUUAUGGAGUAUUUUAGCAGUGGAAUAAUGGGAAUGGUGUUCCCUUUCUGUGUUGUGGAAAUGGAGCCGUCACCAUGACUCUCUUGCCGCUGCCAUGGUUACGAACCCCCCAGAGGGACUGUGGGUGGAUUUUUCGAUGGUGUUUUCUUUUUAAAUAUUUCUAUUUUGAUACCGUACAUGUGAGCUUUGAGAAGAAGGGAAACAUGGAACCAGUAUUAUUUAUAUUACAUUUCCUAAAAUGUAGACAAAAAGAACGUUAAAGUUAAAUGUUGGGAUGACGUAAUGUUUCCUGAACACAGGAGUGAGCAGCUGGGACGACUGUUUCAAGCAUGGGUGUGUACGGAUGAAUCGUGGGAAUAUUUAGUAAUGGUUAUUUUAAAGGCACAAUCCUUAUUUUUUAUUGCCUUUUCUGGUUUGCUGUUUACAAGGAAUGUAACUUUAGAUGCCUUCUAAGCACAGUGAGAUGCACUGACACUCGUUAUCUGUUGUUUCAGUCUUUCAGUACACUUCUUUUGAUGUUUGUGCAUAUACUGUUAAAAGCUUGUUCCAGACAAACGGUAAUGACAGUCAUCUAACCUCAUCCCUCAAACAACCAAAGUGGAUGGGCAGUAGGCUAUCAGUUCCCAUCAAGGAUUGUGGCUUUAAAUACUGUUUGCUGCCUCCGUUUGGGAGAUAAUUUAAGAUUACAGUUUACAUGUUGCUCCCUCAGUAUUACAGAACGGUUGUUGUGGACUUUCCAAGGCUGUAACUGGUUCUCUCUAUGCAGAAUUAACAAACAGUACUUAUGGUUUGUUGUUUGUACAAGGGGAUCCAUUUGUUUUUUUUCACAUUAUCGCACUUUUAACUGAGGUAGCAUCUGCAAAAAGGGUGAAAUGAGUGGCCUCACUUCCUGUUGCAUUCAUUGAGAUUGAGAUUACUGUACUUUCCUGAAAUGUACGUUUCAGGUUUUUUAAGUGUUACAAGAGAAAAUGGUUUUCUAAACCUUUAAUAGUCAGGUACAAGUGUUGACUUUUUUUUUUUACAUUUUUAUCCUAUCAUUAUAUAUUUAUUACUUUUUUAGACUAAUAUUCAUUUUGUAGGUGGACUGGCUUGUGCAUUGUUGAUGCUGAUCUCAUCUCAAACACAGUAACCAUUUGUAGCAAUGAUGUAUUUUUACAUUAAAAACAAACCUCUUGACACGA